AUGACUGUUGAAGAGAAAGAUAUUCCUGAAUUAACAACUGCCAGUUUUAGAGAAACAUUUUUAAUGCUACAAGACGGUGAGAAAGCUAUGGAAGAGCUGGAAAACAAAGUUGAUCAAAUGGAAAAGAACAUGGAAAGUUUAUUGGCUCAAAUAGAAAAAAUGGAACAAGAGAAUAAUACAAAAGACACCAAUGAUACCAAGGAAUAG